AUGUCCACUGCAGUUCAGGCCCCAGCAUCAGCUGAUUUUGCUGGAUCAUCCUCGGCAGCGGCUGUGUUCCAGCGCCUCCACCCCGACCAGUACCUCACCCGCUUCCUCGACAGGGGAUACCGGCCAGACGGGCGGCGCAAAGACGCGUGGCGCGAGGUCAGCGUCAACGUCGGUUCCAUCUCAACGGCGAACGGCUCGGCGCUCGUGCGCAUGGGCGACACGACGGUGGUUUGCGGCGUCAAGGCGGAGGUGGCUGAGCCGUGCGGAUCGCGGCCAGACGAGGGGUUCGUCGUCCCCAACAUCGACCUCCCUGCUCUCUGUUCACCCAAAUUCAAGCCAGGACCACCAGCAGACGAGGCGCAGACCAUGUCGAACUGGCUCAACGACCUGAUUGUCUCCUCGUGCACGCUCCCACCAACAUCCUUAGUGAUCGCGCCUGGCAAGGCUGCAUGGUCUGUCUACAUCGACGUGGUGUGCAUCAACUUUGACGGGAACGCGUACGAUGCAGCAGUGCUGGCUGUUAUGGCGGCGUUGAGAAACACCCGCCUCCCACGCGCAACAUACAGCGAGGAUAACCAACAGGUUACAUGUGAUGCGAGCGUGACCUUCCCCCUUCCCCUUGGUCGGUUGCCUCUCGCAGCCUCAUUUGGCGUCUUCCAGUCCACCCACGUGCUCCCGGACCCGUCAGCAUUCGAGCUCCCUCUCCACUCGACGACGAUUACCAUCGCCUUGGACGAGGCGGGGAAUGCCUGUACUGUGCGGCAAGAGGGCCUGGGCGGCGUGAUAGGUCAGAGCGGAGAUGAUGUGUUGUCCGAGGCGUGGGCGGCGGCCGAGGCCCGCGUGCGCACUCUUCGCACCGUCUUGGAGCAGUCAUCGUGA